AUUACGUACGAACCCCAACACCCUCAAGCACCCCAAUAAUGUCCAAAAGACCCGCUUCCAAGACCUCAGGGACCAUCACAAAGAAGGCCAAGCUCGCGCCCUUGCUCCCAUCUGUACCUUCCAGCACCUCGACUGCAGCAUUCCGUGUGAUUGCAGGAUCGUAUGAGCAUGUGCUGUAUGGCCUCGACGCCAUGUUCGAUUCGGCGGCUGGGAAGGGAAGUGAUGCACACAUGGAGCCCGUCUUUAUCUUCCCGGCACAUAUGGCUGCAAUGAAGACCCUCGCUGUUGGAGGAAGGUAUUUGGCCUCGGGGGGGGCAGACGAAAUCAUCAAACUCUACGACCUCAAACUCCGGAAAGAUCUCGGCACACUACAUGCUCACAACGGCUCCAUCACACACCUCUCCUUCCCCACAAAACAGCACUUAUUGUCGUCUGAUUCGACUGGAACGAUUGUUGUCUGGAGAACAAAGGAUUGGGAAAAUAUGGCGACGAUGAAACAGAAAUCCUCGGUACAAGGCGGUAAGAAAGGGAUUACAUCUUUCGCUGCUCACCCAUCCGGGAAGAUUGCGCUCUCGGUCGGUGAAGAUCGUCGUGUCACUUUGUGGAAUCUCAUGACUGCCCGCCGUGCCGCAGUGAACAAACUCCCCCUCCAACCAACUAAACUCGGCGAUCCACUCAGUGUUGCGUGGUCACCCUCAGGCGACAGAUACGCAGUGAUGUUUGAUAGACAUCUUGUUGUGUACGGGACUGCGACACAGACGGUUGUUGGUGGAGCACAGUGUGUUAGUAAGAUGCAUUGCUUUGCGUGGUUGGAUGAGGAGCGGGUUGUGAUUGGGCACGAAGACACCAAGAUCCGUGUAUGGAAUCCCAUAGCACCUCCCGAAACCGAAGACGUUGAACGUCAUCGUGGUAUCGAGAUCCAGGCCUGGACAGGCCACCGCGCACGCGUAAAGUGCAUCGAACGCGCACCCACCCCUAACACCAAUAUCUUCGUCACCGCUUCCUCAGACGGCGAGAUCAAGCUCUGGCGAGUUGGGUCCGAACUCACGGGGGAGGAGAACAAGGGAGGAGAAGAGGUGGAGGAGACAAAGGAGAUUGGGAGUUUUGAGUGUGGGAAUAGGAUUACGUGUUUGACGGUUGCGGAUGUUGGGCAUGUGGAGAAGUUGAAGGAGGAGGUGGUAAAGACUGAGGUUGAGAGUGAUGGGGAGGGGGAGGGGGAUGAGGACUUCCCUGUGAGUGAAGCCGGAGAAUUUCCCUUCUGCGCUGGGCGCUCGUCUCCAGAUGAUGUUGAAGGCCGUGAAGCGUCUGUCGGGGAGUGUCAGGACGAGAUGAUCGCCAUGACAGCCAGAAGCAAGGCUGGAGCUGCUAAGGACUUGUCGUCGGGUGAGCAGGAGAGUGACGUCGUGAGUCAUGAAGUGACAAAAGAUGAGGCGGACGCUGGUGACAGCGAGGGCGAGAUUGUCGGACCCACCUCAAUCGAUUUCUCUGACACUCCGUUGUCAUCGGACUAG